GCACCAACAAGAUCCGCUAGUGUCAGCAAAGCGUUUAGGUUCGCUGACCUUGCGAUACGUAGCGCAGACGUUGGGAGCGAGAGUGAGGUCUUUUUACGAACGAUACGUAUCGUUCGCGACGAUCUGUUCGAAGUUGAACGAUUAGUGGCUGUUGGUUCGGUGCGGACAAAACUCGCCUAUACGCCCGAGAGACUCCCUUGGAUCAGAAGUGCUAUCGAGAAUACCACUUCUGCUUUGGAGGACAUUGGAAAAUUGGUGGAUUGUGGCGACGUCGGACAACAUCCUCAUGUCUUGGACCAAUCUCAAAGACUCCAGUACAUCCUCAACGACCGCGAACGAUUAGGUGAUCGCAAAAGCGAACUGGUGGCAUGUCAUCAGCAAUUAUCGAACGUUUUAAGCUUCCUCAAUCGGCUAGAGGACUUACCGACCAGCCAGGAUCUACCGACAUACCAGAACACGACCUACUUUGAUGACAUCGUAUCGCGACAUCAAAGAGUAACCAGUGGGCAUAAAAUGGACAUGGCAAUCAAGAUGACCAUGGAAGACAAGUCCCAGACUAUCUGGCGCGAUGCUGCUGAUAAGACUGGGCCAACGAACAAUACCUCCCGUCUUACCGAAGCAUUGUUCGCGCAAGACAUAUGGACCAAAGAUCCCGUAAAGUCGGCUUCGCAUUUACUGAAUGAUAAGAGGGAAGCCAAGUCAGACAACGCCACGUUGGGCUACAACACACUCAACAAGGGAUACUCAUCACCUCCAAGCCUACCAAAGAGCCCGCCUCCUCUUUAUACAUCGGUAGGACAAUAUAGUCCUCCUUCGCAACCAUCGCAAGGAGAUACCAAGCAGUAUCUCAACGCCGAUAGUCUGCGGCGCGUAAAUUCACGGCUGUCAAUGGAGAAGGCGCAUGAUUACGUAUCUACAAUACCGUCAGGGCAAAAAGACACAUGGGCCUACGUACAUUCGGACAGGUACCAAGCCCUUGCUGAACUGGCUGGCGAUUACACCAUGAGUGGAACAAACUCGGACGGACCUGUAAAUCCUCAUGCGUUUCACCUCGGGAUAUCAGCUCCAGCGCCAGGAUCUGCCGUCGUCCAUGAUAAAAAGGUUGAGACGCUAUCAGAGUUAUUAGGGGAUAUAAGUCUUGCUGUCGAGCUUCCUGGAAGUGAGCCAGCUCAUGCACCAAGUCAUGUCGCGCGGUUGAGUCGAGAUUCAUCACAACUUCCUAGCCAGAGAUCGCAUAUGAGUCAGCAUGCCAACAAGUAUCAGCCAUUACUCUCGGAGCUACCAGCUACCCCAACACGCAGACCUAUGGUGUCGCAUACGGUCAGCGAGCCCACCAACUUCCCCGUUAUCAAUGAACUGUCAGUUCCGUCCUCAACAUAUGAGCUCGACUCUGGACAGUUCUAUACACACAUGCCUCGCACCCAGCUCCAAAUUCCUGCUCGCGCGACAUCAUCGCCCGCCGUCACCCAUGUCCAAAUCCAUCACCACGGCCACUCUACCUUAACAAGCUUCCUCCCCCCAAACAAACCAUUUGACGAUCAUUAUAGUCGCCAAUUACGCACCUUUUCAUCACACAAACAGAAAGAGAAGGAUAAAUUAUCAGUCAACAUGUCAAUGUUCUUCGGUCAAAAACCUCAAAUCUCUUCGGAGCAAAAGAUUGCGCAGGCGGAAGCUGAGAUUGACAUGGUGAGCGACAUGUACAGCCGCCUCGUCAAGUCUUGCACAGCCAAAUGCAUAGACACAAACUACCGGGAAGCCGAUCUCAACAAGGGCGAAUCCGUCUGCCUCGACCGCUGCGUAUCUAAGUUCUUCGAAGUCAAUGUCAAGGUUAGCGAGAAGAUGCAGGGAGAGGCACAAGGAAAGCAGGGUGGAGGUGGCGGCAUGUUCGGUGGUGGAAUGUAA